AUGUUGGACUUUUACACACUAUUCGCAAUCGACCAGUCAGCGCCAGCUUCCGAAAUCAAGUCAGCUUAUCACAAGUUCUUGCUGAAGGUUCAUCCCGACAAAAACUUGGACAAACCUCAAACGGAACAAGAGUACCGUGCUGUGAAUCUUGCUCAACAGGCUUAUAGCACUUUGAGGUAAUUUUUUUUUCAUUUUUGGGAAAGUUUUGAGGGUUUUUAGUGUAAAAUACGGUAUUUCAAGCUUGUUCGUUUGUGGAAACAAAGUAAGUGCCGGUUUUAGGGUAUUUAAAGAUAUUUAAAAAAAUGGAAUUUGACUGGAUGAUUCUGAGUCCAUUUUGAAGCAUUAAGUCGAUUUUUGUACGGAAAAAAAAUUUUACUAGUCUUUUUGAAGAAUAAAGAAGCUUUUGGGGCGCUUUUGAAAAAUGGAAUUUGAGUGGAAGAUUUGUAAUGUAUUUUGCACUGAAAAUCUUCCACUAAACUUCCACUUCUAAAAAGUAGCAAAAACUCAUUUUUAGGCCAUUUGAAGACAUUUUAAAAGUGGAAGUUGAGUGGAAGAUUUUUAGUGCAAAAUGCAUUACAAUUCUUCCACUCAACUUCCACUUUUUAAGUUUUGAAAAAUUGGCUGUUUUUAGUAAUGGAAAGACAAAUGAUGACAUUUUUCGAUCUAAAAAUGGCAUUUUUUGCAUAAAAACGACAUUUUACGGUCUAGAACUUCAUAAAAAUGCACUUUUUUAUAGUUUUUUUGAAAUUUUUUUUUAAAUUAAAAAGUUAAAUUUUUGAUUUUUUUUUCAAAAUAACGGUCGAAAACACUUUCAGAAACCCCUCCCUUCGUAAAACCUACGAUUUGUGGCUUCGAGAACAACGUCUGCGAGAGGAACGUGAGCUGAUAUCGGAGGAGUUCGAGCUGGAAAAGGACGAAACCUCAUUGGAAACCGAGUGUCGCUGUGGUGCCAUUUUCGAAAUCGAGGAGUCGGAGCUAGCCAACGUCCUGGACUACGCGUUAUUCGAGUGCUCCAACUGCUCAUUGUGCUUUAAAGUGAGUACGAGCCAACGGCAUGGAUGA